AAGGUAGAAUUAAAAUCCCUCAUCUUCAUUUUUACUCUCAAUGCAUGAGCCACCACCAACAAUGGCAGCGACCACCGUUCUCCGGGAUGAAUCCGACUAUGAUAGUAGCUCCUCCUCGAUAACGGUCCCCGACUCUAGUCGUAGUUUCAUGAGCAACCUCAGCUUUGGCAGCCGCCGUAGCUCCAUCUCUCUUUGCUCCCCGUCCGCGGAAACCUCUCUUUACAACUCCCAAAAGCCACACAAGGCCAAUCAAGCCGCGUGGGAAGCCAUGAAACUGCUCCGAAGAGCGCAAGGUCGAGUUGGGCUCGAGCAUUUCCGGCUCCUGCGCCGGCUUGGCAGUGGUGACAUAGGGAAUGUUUAUCUUUGCCAGAUAAGGAACCCUGUUGUGGGACUGCCGCAGUGUUUUUACGCCAUGAAAGUGGUGGAUAGAGAAGCACUUGCCAUAAGGAAGAAGUUACAUAGAGCCGAUAUGGAGAAGGAGAUUUUAUCCAUGCUGGAUCAUCCUUUUGUUCCCACUCUUUACGCCGAGUUUGAAGCCUCCCAUUACUCUUGCUUAAUCAUGGAGUACUGUCCCGGCGGUGACUUGUAUGCCGCUCGCCAACGCCUGCACGGGAAGCGUUUCAGUAUUUCAUCGGCCAAGUUUUAUGCUGCUGAGACACUUUUGGCUCUAGAGUAUCUACACAUGAUGGGCAUAGUUUACAGAGACCUGAAGCCGGAAAACGUCCUGGUUAGGGAAGAUGGGCAUAUUAUGCUUUCGGAUUUCGAUCUUUCUUUCAAAUGCGACGUCGUACCGAAGCUCCUGAAGCCAAAGCAAAACAUGGAAGCCAUUGACAAGUAUGAAAAACACAGCUCAAUUCCAUCGUGUGCUUCACCAAUGCAGCCGGUGCUAUCUUGUUUCUCAGCCUCAACCAGGAAGAAGAAGGUUACAGUUACAACAAUAACAGAACAAGUUGAAGGCACUCAAGAAGUUGAUCCAGAGCUAGUAGCGGAACCCAUCAAUGCUCGAUCGAAAUCCUUCGUGGGGACGCACGAGUACUUGGCGCCGGAGGUAAUAUCAGGCCAAGGCCAUGGCAGCGCCGUGGAUUGGUGGACUUUAGGGGUGUUUUUGUACGAGAUGAUAUACGGGGUAACACCUUUCAAAGGUGAAAACAACGAGAAAACCCUCAUUAACAUUCUUAAAAAGCCAUUAACUUUCCCGAGAAUUGGUGUUAGCAGCAGUAAAGAAAUGGAAGAAAUGGUCAAAUUACAAGAUCUUAUAAGCAGGCUGGUAGUGAAGAAUCCCAAGAAGAGAAUAGGAAGCUUAAAGGGUUCAGUUGAGAUUAAGAGGCAUGAGUUCUUCAAGGGCGUUAAUUGGGCACUAAUUAGAUCGAUUAAGCCUCCAGAGGUUCCUAAUGAGCAAUUUGUCCGUAAGAUUAGGAAUAAUAAUUUAUCAAAGUUAAGCAAGAAAGAGAGAGACGCCCCAUAUCAGAUACCACCCCAUCCUCAUCAUCAUUUUGACUGCUUCUAACUGAAAAAUGAAAAUAAAUAUUUAAUGGAAGUGAUGUUUUAGAUCACUGACUGUGCUUUGGAUUCAAACUUUAUUUAAUAUAAGUAUGCUUACCUGUAAAAGGAGCCAACCCCAGCCCAUAAUUGCCCUCAUGAGAAGUUUAUGAACUUGAAGGCGAUCAUGUGCUGACAAUAAUGAGUAUUGAUUUCUGAUGAUGAUGGUAAUUUUUUAUAAAUGAAUGUUCUU